UUUAGUACACCAUUACCCACAGACGCAAGGUCGGUCGUGUCACCGUUGUUAUUAUUAUAGUUAACCAUUUAAAACGAUCUUCUCUCCGUAACAUAAUUCUUAUUAAUAUCAGGAAAUGAAGAAUCAAUUACAGGUGCGCGAGGGGUCAAAGUAAAUCGGUCGAUAAGCAAGUAAAACGCCCACAGAUUGAAUAUCCACACCGCCAUUGGUAUUGCGCGCGCGUCGCUAGACACAUUUGUUUUAUUUUCAUAAGAUUUCCGUCGAUAUCUACGACUUUCGUUUGUUAAGUGCAGUGAACUGUGUUCUAUUUCUUAAAUUUUUUAUUGGAUUUAUGCGGAGUUACGAAUGACAAAGUUGCAUAAUGUCUUUAUCGACGAGUCGUCAACAAUUCCUAGCGUAUGAAUCUCAUAGAGAACAGGAUAUACAAUAUGGAAGAAAAGGAGGCAUAUUUAUUUCAACGUGCAUAUGCAUCAGCUUCAUUAUCUUCGCAGUAUUAACAGCUAUACUUGUCGGCAUAAUUGUAUACUAUAUCACAUAUUUUCGGGUGUCACAACAAACUGAGGAGUAUUGGGAUGAUGCUGAACCAUUUGGACAAUCUGGUUCACCAUCACCAGACCUUCGACUUCCUACCUAUGUAGUGCCAAGUUUCUACAGAUUAAAAAUCAAAGCAGACCUGGAAAACUCUUCAUUUCAUGGAGAUGUUUACAUAACUAUAAAAGCUAAUAAAAAUGUUAAAGAAAUAAUUCUACACUCAAAGAACCUCAGUAUUAAUCCAAACGUUACCUUAACUGAACAAAUCUAUGAGAAAGUUGAAACGAUACAUACAACAAAAAAAAUAAAAAGAGAAGUAACAAAUGCAACUGCUGAAAAUAAUAACGCAACAACAGUCAAUAAUGAAACAUUUGUAUUUAAUAAUACAGAAGAGACAUUAAAACCUAUAACAGUCGGAGCUCAUGACACAACAACAACGCAACCAAUUGAUACUCAAGUGACGCAUAGUCAUGUGCGUAACAUCAAAAUUACCUCUGUCGUUUUAGCUUCUGGUGAUAGACUUAUUCUGUCCCUUGCAUCAGCCCUCACACCUGAUGUGGAUUAUACAUUACAAUUGUCAUUCGAUGGUGCUAUACAAAAUUCAUUAACAGGUUUUUAUAAAAGUACCUACACUGAAAAUAAUGAAGUCAGACAACUUGGUGUCACUCAGUUCGAACCAACCUCAGCCAGAGCAGCAUUCCCAUGUUUUGAUGAACCAGCUUUCAAAGCAAAGUUUGAGAUCAGUAUUGGACACAGACAGAAUAUAUCUGUUCUAUCCAAUAUGAGGGUUGCCACUCAAGAAACAAUUGAAGAAGAACCAGGUUGGCAAUGGACCCACUUCGAAAGAUCUGUAAAUAUGUCCACAUACCUCGUUGCGUACGUCCUGUCGAAUUUCAAAAACUUAGAAACUAGUUAUCUCAGUAAAGACAAUGUCACGAAGCCAAUCCGUAUCUGGACGAGACCUGCUUUACUAUCCAAAGCAAAUUACGCAUUGACGAUUGUUCCCAAGUUAUUAUCGUUUUAUGAAGAUGUUUUCGGAUUACCUUAUGCUUUGGAUAAGCUGGACUUGAUAGCGAUACCGGACUUCUCCAGUGGAGCGAUGGAGAAUUGGGGAUUGAUCACAUUUAGAGAGACGACUCUGUUGUUCGACGAGGAGGAAGGCAUCCCGCGGGAGAAGCAGAACGUGGCCAUCGACAUCGCCCACGAGCUAGCUCACCAGUGGUUUGGGAACCUAGUCACCAUGCGCUGGUGGAACGACCUCUGGCUCAACGAGGGCUUCGCCACCUACAUCGAGUACAUCGGCGUCGACCACGUGAGCCCGGCGUGGAGCUCGCUGCAGGCGUUCACGCGCGACAAGAUGGACCUGCUGCGCAGCGACGCGCUGCGCAACACGUCGCCCGUGUCGCGGCGCGUGCGCGACGCGGCCGAGAUCGCGCAGAAGUUCGACGAGAUCUCGUACUCCAAGGGCGCCAGCCUCAUCCGCGUGCUCAACCACACGCUGUCCGCCGACCUGUUCCGCAGCGGCCUGCUCGCCUACCUAGACGAGUGGAAAUACCAAAAUGCUGAAGAAAACGACCUCUGGAAUGCGAUGUCGAAUGCGACAAAAUCAGACCCUAAUUUCAAAGACCUGUCCGUUGUGGAGUUCAUGAACACGUGGACCAGACAGCCGGGGUACCCAGUUGUCAAUGUGCACAGAAAUUACACCACGGGAUCUGUUAUUUUCCAGCAGAAAUUAUUUACAAGCUCAGAAGAUGGCAUCAUUAAACCUGAUCGACUUUGGCAUAUACCGAUCAGUUUCACCACCUUGGACACGCCUACUAGCAACUGGACAACUGGACCCAAACUGUGGCUGAAAGAUAGGACUAUCACUACCACUCUACCAUUGAAUGCUACGCAAGCUCUGUACGUCAAUGUUGAUGCUAUAGGCUACUACAGAGUAAAUUAUGAUCAAAGGAAUUGGGAGCUCCUCAGCGCUGCCCUCAAAUCGGGCGCCGUCGACAACCCGAUACUGAAAGCGCAGCUCAUCGACGACGCCUUCAACCUGGCCAAAGUGGGCCAGCUGAACUACAGCUACGCGCUCGGCCUCACCACGUGCGUGAUCGACGGAGAGGACUCCAGGAUCGUAUGGGAACUGUUGCUGAACAACAUGGCCUUCUUGAAACAUAACCUACGAGCGACUUCCGGUUAUACUUAUUUUCAGGAUUACAUGAAUAUAAUUCUCAAAAAACAACUGGAGCGACUGAACUACGGACUAGAUCAGCCCAAAGACGACAACGAAUCGUUCUUGGUGGAGAACCUUGUGGUGUGGGAGUGUCUCAUGGAAUCCCCGCGCUGUCUGCAGUGGGCACGACGACUCUUUGAGGACUGGACCAGCAGACCAGAUAUGAAUGACAAUCCUAUACCAAACUACCUCCGGUCUCUCGUCUACAACAUGGCGAUCAAGUAUGGCGGAAGAAGGGAAUUCGACUUACUGUGGGACAUGUUCGAGAACUCAACGGACCCGAAUGUUAAGAGUUUGAUAAUCAGCAACCUGCCGAGUACAAGGGAUGAAUCGUUACUGAAUCUGCUGCUGGAGCGCUCGCUGGGCCCGCUGGGCGCGCAGUACGCGACGAGCGCGUGGGGCGUGGAGCCGCCGGCGGGCGCGCGCGCGGCGCAGCGCUUCCUGCGGCGGCACUUCGCGCGCGUGCAGGCGCGCUUCGCCGCCGUCGACGCCUUCUCCUUGCAGGCCGUGCUCAACGGCGCCUUCGGGUUCAUGACGGCGCAGGACGAGCUCGACAGCAUGAAACAAUUCGCGUUGAAACACAAAGAGGAGUUGAAGCCGAUGUCACAAACCUUACAGAAAAUAGUCGACUCCGCGACUUUGCGCAUCAACUGGAUCAAGGAGUACUCGGAAGGGAUCAACCAAUGGUUCAAAGGCUACGUCAUUGCUCACAAGGCGAAUAAGUCGAAAACAACCACGGUAUCACCAGGUUUAACAGGAAAUGACACCUUCAUUAAUGAAACAGAAACGAUUACAACGUCUAGUCCCUAACAAUGCUAUGCAAUAAUUAAGACCCAUAUUGUACGGAUUAAGUUUUUUUGGCGAUAAAAAUGUAAGUAUUUUGAUGUUAAAAUAUGUUAAUAAUAAACGGCUUAAUAAUAGUAGUUCCUAAUGAAACAUCAACGAUUUAACCUAUUAAUGUUGCUUGGGGAGUGAUUCUUUAAAUAAUGCCGUCUUCUUCUUUCUAAUGUCAAAUCUAUGAUGAGAGAAAGAGAUAAAUCUAUAUUUAACUAAACACCCGCUAAACAAUUCUUAUAAGUAAGACCAUUAAUAAUAAUUUAUAAUAAUUCAGGUGUUUUAGCUUAAUAAAUUAUAUGAUUACUAAAAAAGACCUUUUCAAAAGAGGCUUUUAUAUUAUACAUAGACUACAAUGAAUAAAACUUAGUGUACUAUUUUAUUGUGAAAAUAUGUGUGUAAAGUUUCAGCUCAAUUUGGUACUGUUCAAAGAUUUUACACAAACUUACUUAUAAGUGUAGUUAGAUAAAAGCUUGUAGUGAAGGUCCUGUCAUGACAUAACGCUAGAAAAGAUGAACCAGAAUGUGUUGCCAUUGAAAAAAAUAAUUAUUUAUUUAAUUUUUAUUGUUUUGGAAAAAAAUAUUGAAUUAAAAUUAUCUCAACUUUAGAAUAAAAUAUAUGGUUGGUGUUUACUUUAUGUUUUAGUUUUCUAUUAAAAGACAAGGAAAAAAGUGUUCAAACGUACUUACAUAAAAGUGUUCUUAACAUAAUAAUUUGUUUAUUUCAAUCGAAUCUAUGUAGAUAAAAAUUAAUGUACUAGAAUUUAUUUACAAAGUGGUGUAAUAAACCCAAAGAUAUUUAUUUAUAUAAAAACACUAAAUUUAAUAAGUUUAUGAAUAAGUUUUUAUGCUAUAAUUUGUAUAGUGUACGGUGCUCUCUUAGCAUCGAAGAGUUUUAUUAUGUUUAGUAAAAAAAGUAAUUAAAAGUCAUUUAUAUAUUUCAAAUAUAAUGUAUUAAUAUACUUGUCGCAGUAAAAUAGAAAUUAUAUGAAGUUCUAAUAUCCAAAAUAAUGCAACUGUCGUAUAUGUGGAAGCAGCGUUGAGUAUCUCGUGUGGUUACACAAAUGUGGCCGUAUCUUUAAAGAAGACACCUCGCCACGGUUCUAUCACAUUCGAUACCUAUAAAUUAAAGCAACGAUUUAAUCGCGCACAAUAUUUUAACAAUAUUUAUAACUAAUAAAAAUAUAAAUUAAAAUGUGUGUACGUUCGCCAAUAAUUCGUGUACGCUUUUGUUGUUCUUUGGUAAGUUCUUCACUUAUAUUUAAUAACUUAAAAAUAAAAUGAUAAUACGGCCAUUAGUGACAGAUUUUCCAAGCAUAGGGUGUUAACGCCUACGAAUGUCAUUUCCUAGUUCAUUUUUGCAAAUUAGUUAUAAUAUACUAAUAUGGUACACUCACGAUAAUUAUCAUAAAAAAAAAUGUGUGAGUCACGGAAAAUCCGGUAAAUGUGAAACGUUGAAACCAAUAUGCAAAAAGGGCACAAUUAAAAAAAACAUAGAUUUUAGUAACUAAAAUGAAUAAGAACAUUGAGUUAAUAUGUUUCUUAUUAUUAUAGCAAUUAAGUGCAUAGUGUCAACGCCACACAUACACAAAAUAGAAACGGCGGUCGGCGGGCUAUAACGGCAUAGAAAGCCUCUGCCGUCACGGCUUACGAGUUGGUCUUACCCCUCAUGGCGCCCUUAAUAAAUGUUUCACAUCAAAAACAAUGGCAUAAAAUUAUUAGAACUUUAAAAUGCAUAUAUUAUUAUUUAUUUAAUAGAUGAGAAGGCGAUCAUAAAUAAAUAUAUUCUGUUACGGCCACAAACGCGAUCUGGAAAAAAAAAUUGCUCCCUAAAGGCUAAAUUAGUACAAACCGUCGCUCUACGUUUGUCCCUCAACCUGCUGGUAAAUCUGCCAAUGUUGGUCAUAUCAAGAAUCCUGCAUGAAAUUAAUUCGUUUUUAAAGUUUCCAUUACAAGACGAUGAGAACUAAAAAUUGGUCACAGCUUAAUAAUUAAUGAUAAAAAAAAUAUGUAUGCGUCCUGUUCUAUGGUCUUUAUUCCAAGAUAUAUAAUGUACAAAAAAUAUAAACACAAAAAAAUCAUGAAACAAUUCUUGUACAUAUUUUUUUAUGCUAUCUGUGCAAUAAGCUAUACGUCCUAAGUUAUGUUUUUUAAUAUAAAUUAUUUAAUUGUUUAUUACAUUUUGUUAAUAAAUAUAAAGAAAAUCUUUACUAAUUUUCUUAGUUACUUUUGCAUCAUGUGUAAUAUCUGAUAUUAAUUGAUCUGUUUAUGUUUAACACUUACAUAGUAUUACCUUACACGUAGUUCCGUUUUAAUUGUUAUUAAUAUUCUGAAGGAUCUUACUUGUAUUCAAUUUCAAAAUGUCGCUAAUUAUAAGAAAGUUGUUUAAAUUUCAAAUCUUUGUUAAGCUUACAUUGUGUUU